GGUACAAGUUCGCCUUCUAGCUUCCAGAAAUAAAGUGGCGCCUUUGAAGCCUACCACAAUCCCCAGACUCGAGCUUUGUGGUGCGCUCCUGGCGUCUAGACUUCACGCCAAAGUGAUGUCAUCAAUCACCCUUAAGUUAAAGCUUUGCACCUGGAGCUCGUCACGGAUUUAACAAAGGAGGCCUUCAUAUCAGCAUUUCUAAAAUUUAUAUCACGUCGCGGUAAGCCAAUGUCUGUAACGUCCGAUAACUCGACGACCUUUAUUGGAGCCAGUAAUGAAAUCGCAUCUUUUUUCUCAAAAUACUCAGACGACAUCAAGUCAGAUCUUAGCAAUAGGGAUAUUGAAUUCCGCCGUAUUCCGCAGUACACACCUCACUUCGGGGGUUUAUGGGAGUCUGCUGUCAAAUCAGUCAAAUUUCACCUUAAACGCAUCUUAAAUUUAACACAUUUAACGUACGAAGAGAUGACCACGUGUCUGGUUCAGAUUGAAGCUAUCCUAAAUUCCAGACCACUCACACCUCUUUCUUCCGAUCCUUCCGACCUUACUUGCCUCACUCCCGCUCAUUUCCUCAUAGGACGCUCACUCUUGUCGGUUCCUCGCCCAAUGGUCAGCGAUACAAACAUCGCCGCCAUGGAUCGCUACCAACGCAUCGAGGCGCUCAAGCAGCACUUCUGGCGGAGAUUCUCGGCUGAAUACGUCUCUCUGCUCCAACAGCGCAUGAAAUGGCAGAGGGGCUCAUCCACAAGUCUCCAGCUAGGUAGCCUGGUGCUCGUGAAAGACAGAGCGCAGCCACCACUUUUAUGGCUGCUUGGAAGAGUGGAGAAGGUGCACCCAGGACAGGACGGAGUGGCUCGCGUGGCAGAGAUCAAGACCAAGAAGGGAGUCAUCACGCGGGCCUUUAACAACAUUUGCCCCCUUCCAAUUUCCAACUCGCGCGGGCAGGAUGUCUAG